UGGGAGAGGGAUGUCUGAGGGGGUUUGAAAGAGUGUUUGAUGAAGGGGCUGACACAACCUUCGCUAUGGGGUUGUGCUUGUAGGACAUAAUGGCGCAGAAACACAAUGCGAAUUUGUUGAAGAGACACUACACAGACCAUGCGCCCCAUGGUGCGGAUCAGGGCAAGGGGUCGAGGUAUUGGCAGUGCAACUACUGCGAGUGGAGGUUCAUCGGCACUGCAUCGAAACUGAGGGACCAUUUCGAGAGGAAGUGCAACAUAAACUUGGUGGCGAGACUAUUGUCGGCGGAGGAGAGGAUCAGCAGGGAGGCAGCGAUCCGACAGGAAGUCCGUCUGCAUCGAGGGGCUGGAGAAGGACGCAGCGGCCUACUUCAGGACCUUGGACGGUGUCAUCAACGAAAUCGGGCUGAAGUCGGUGGCAGGGUAUGCGUGAAGGCGGGCAAGAUGGUGGAGGUUGUCUACCCGUGGAUCUUCCUUGUCGGUUGCACGGCGCAUGCGUUGGAUUUGGCAUUGGAGGACAUGUGCAAGCGCAUCAGGUGGCCGAAGAGGGUGGUGGAAAACGGAAGCAAGUUGGAAAAAUUCUUCACAAAUGUCGACAAGGUUCGUGUCGUCUAUUGGAAUGCAGGGGCAACAAUGCAAGUCAAGCGACCAGCAGUGAUUCGCUUCACAACACACUUCGAGACGUUGCAGUCGAUAAAGGAUGCAAAGUUCCCACUUCAGCAGUAUGUGGUAGAUCCUGUGUGGAAGGAGAAGUUGGUGAGGCCUGACCAAGUGGCGAACUUCUUGGACAUGACUACCAUCAUUUUGGACACGACUAACUUGUGGCCCUCUGUGGAGAAGGCUCAUGCGGUGAUGGAGCCUGUGGUGGAGUUGUUGUGUCUGGUUGACGGACCCAGCGCGACAAUCGGCAAGGUGUACUUCCGCAUGGACAGCCUUGUGGAACGGAUGCGCAACCUCGAUUGUCUUACGGAGGAUGAGUGAGGCGAGGUGGAGAUUAUAUUGAUGGACCGAUGGGCUUUCCUCACUUCUACUCUCCAUUGCACAGUAGCAUUCCUCGACCCU